AUGCAACGGGUUUGGACUUUUAAAAAUGCGGUGCCAAGGGUUCUUCCUAUAAGGAAUAUUUAUAAGAAAGCUCAAGAUGACGCGUAUCGGCUCGCAACGGUAGUCGUUGAAGAAUACUCUGAGAAAAAGCGUAAAGAAUUAGAGCAAGCAUUGGCUAGCUCCGCUGGCAAAGAAACUGCUCGUAUUAGCAUGCUAAGAGUUCUUUCGGAGAUUAAUCUUCCAAGCGUUCGAUCCAAGUUUUAUGAUGGUGAAUACGACUUUUCACGUCCGGCAUUUCUCCAUUUGUUAAAACAAAAGUGGGAAAGUCAUGAUAAAUUGCUACUCCUUCAAAGAUUAGAGCAAAUGAAGGUCAUCAAAGAUUUAGGACUUGGAUCGUUUAAUCCCAUAGUAGAUGUUCGUUUGAGUUUUUCCAAAGAUGAAUCAACCAAUGUCGUCCCUGGUUCGAUUUUACCAACCGAGCAGACAUGCUCUGAGCCAUUGCUCCAGAUUCUACCAUUUAGCACCGAAGAACAUAACUAUACCAUAGCCACGCUAGAUCUGGAUGUGCCAAAUUACGAAACCAAUCAAUUUCAAACAUCCUGCUUAUGGCUAGCUUCUAACAUACCCGUCAAGGCUACUGACCGUUUAGCAAUACGCCCCUCAAACUGUUUAAUCCCAUAUACCCCUCCCACAAUGCAUAAAGGAGAAGAUAAGCACCGUAUCGUGACUUUAGUCAUGCAACAACGAGAUCCAUCAGUUGAGCUGGAUUUAAGUAAGAUCCAAAAGGAGAACGUGAAUAUACGUGAUAUCUGCACUCAAUAUUCUUUACAACCCGUUGGUUCUCACUUGUUCAGAAGCCAAUAUGAUGAUUGCACUGAAAAGUUACUUUCGGAGCAUCCAAAUGUGGAAAAUUAUACUCCUUUUGAGUUGGACCAAGGUCCUUAUUACAUACUUCCGUCUACUUGUUGCAUUUAA